AUGAGUAUAAUUUGUACAAAGUUGUUUGAUCAAUUUAAUCAAUUAUACUCUUCUUUUAAUCCUUCAUACUUCAUUAUAGGUGUGACAGCAUUCAAUUAGGGAAUUCAGCAUUUAUCAGAUUUGGCUGUAAAUUACAUGCUAAAGGAUGAAUAUGGUUUGUCUCCAGCCAUGAUGGGAUUAUACUUAAGUUACACAACACUUCCAUGGAUGAUUAAACCAUUUUGGGGGAUCAUUACAGACUCGAAACCCUUUCUGGGCUACAGGAGAAAAUCUUAUAUAAUAUUAUUUGGGAUAUUGGAUGCAUUGGGUUGGAUAAUGAUGUCCAAAAACAAAGAUGGUAGUUUGGUUAGUGUGUUGCUGCUGUUAUUUUUGAUUCAACUCUCAAUAUGUUUUGUUAAUGUGGUAGGUGAGGCAAUAUUGGUGGAAGUCGCAGCUUAAGCAUCGAGAGAAUAACGAUAAAACAAUUUUCAACAUGGAGCAUCGAGGAAUGUGUCAAUAUUCUUUGGAGUAAGAGCUGUGGGUUCAUUGUUGAGUGCAUACUCGUCUGGAGCUCUGUUACAUUACUUCACUUAUUAAUAAAUAUUUAUGAUAACCUCAAUUUUUCCAAUGAUUCUCGUUUUUGUUUCAUUUUUUUAUUAAGAACAAAAGAUAGAUGUAAACUCUUUGGAUCAAAACGAUAGAAAAAACAACACUACCUAAUGUCUGAAGGACUUUUGGUAAUUUUUCAAGAAUCCUCUAAUUUAUAAGCCAGUAAUGCUAAUCUUUGCAUUUAUGAUGGCUCCCUCUAGUUCCACAAUUAUGUUUUUCUUUUAUACUGAAGUUCUUGGAUUCAAUCCAAAAUUUUUGGGAUAACUGAAAUUUAUGUAUGCUGUAGCUUCAAUUUCUGGAGUGUUAAUUUAUAACAAUUAUCUGAGAGACAUACAAUUUCGUAAGAUAUUCUUAGUUACAACAUUCCUCUAUUAUUUGUGUUAUUAAUCAAUAAUAAUCUUGGUGACUAGAAAGAAUGUUGAAUGGGGAAUCAACGAUAAGAUCUUUUGUAUCGGAGAUCAAGUGAUGUUGCAAUUUGUUGGGGAAUUGAACAUCAUGCCAGUCUUAGUGUUGGCUUGUAGAAUGUGUCCAAAACAUAUCGAAGCCACUAUGUAUGCUAUGUUAAUGAGCACGAUUAAUUUUGGUUCCAUGUUGGGAAGUUGGUUGGGAGCCCUGUUUUUGAUUUGGAUGAAGAUUGACUAGACAGACUACUCCAGAUUAUGGUUAUUUAUAGCGAUUACUGGGGUGUUUAUUUUGUUGCCUCUGCCUUGGCUUUAUGUAGUGAGAGAGGAUGAAAUUCUUAAAUAAAGAGAAAAACCUUUAGAGGAAGAAGAGAAAAAAGAAGUGUAAAGUUCUACCCCUAGUACUAGCAAACGCGAUGAAGUAGAGGAAAAGGUUCCAUUAUUAUAAAAUGAAGAUAAUCCCAAUUAAUGA